AUGGCCAGGGGAAAGUGGAUUGACAAGAAGACGGCGACGCACUUCACGCUGGUGCAUCGUCCGCAAAAUGAUCCCCUUAUCCACGACGAGUCGGCGCCGUCCAUGGUGCUGAACCCUACACAGCGCCCAAAUGCCCACAAGUCGUCGACGCUCAGUGCCCUCGCCUCCGAACUCGGUUCCGAUGCCAUGAGCAUCCGUGACAAUGAGGGUGAGGCCGCCAACUAUGGCGUCUACUUCGACGAUACCGAGUACGAUUACAUGCAGCAUUUGCGUGAUCUGGGCACGGGAGCUGGAGAGGCCGUUUUCGUCGAGGCCAAACCGGUCGCAAACCAGAACAAGGGCAAGGGCAAGGCGACCCUCGAGGACGCCCUGAAGCAACUCAACCUCCAGAACAACGCCCAGGAUCUGCUCGACGAGGAGAUCCUCCCCAACAAGAACCUCCAGAGACUCACCUACCAAGCACAACAGGAUGUUCCUGACGCCAUUGCGGGUUUCCAGCCAGACAUGGACCCUCGCCUACGCGAAGUACUAGAGGCCUUGGAGGACGAGGCCUAUGUGGACAACGAGGAGGAGGACAUUUUCCAGGAACUGGCUAAGGACGCAAAGGAGAUCAACGAGCACGACUUCGAGGAGGCUUACGACGAGUUUGAUGAUGACGGCUGGGAGUCGGACCACACAGUGAAGGCUAGCAAGGAGUACAGGCAUGAUGGGGACGACGAAGUACCGGAGCUUGUCAACACAGGUGCUGGGCAAGAAGGAGAGGGAUCAGGGCCAUCGGAUGACUGGUAUGAUGCGUUCAAGCAGUACCAGCAAGACAAGAAGGCGGAAAAGAAGAACAAGGGCCCGGCAGCGCCAUCCGAGAUGCAGUCCUCGAUAUGGACAACGACAACAAUGGGUGGACGCAAGAAGAAGAGAGCCGGUGCCAUGACUAACCCGUCCAUGUACUCGAUGAGCUCCUCGGCGCUUGUACGGACGGACGCCUUGAGCAUCCUCGAUGCGCGGUUUGAGAAGCUGGAGGAGGAGUACAAUGCUGACAUGGACGACUUGGGUUCCGUCUCGGGUGUUUCUGCUGUCUCUACCGUUCAGGGCAACGUGAGGGCCGAUUUUGAUGGUAUGUUGGAUGAGUUCCUGGAGAACCAUUCGACAGCCGGAAAGAAGAGGGUGAAGAAGGGCAAGUACCAGAGUGGCCUUGAGCAGCUGGACGAGAUCAGGAGGGGGUUGGGACCUGCCAGACUCCGUCCUUCGUUUAUCUAG